AUGUUUGCGGGGAGACGAGAUGACUGUGAAUCUCGGGUCUUAGAUCCACUAGCCAGCAGGUCAGAGAGAGGCCUUGGCAGUGGAGGGCCCGUGCGUCGUGUCCUGAAGACGCGAAAGAGUUUGUGGAGGAAAUUACUUGCAGCAUAUAAUAGUCUUACCGAUAAACACCUGACUGGAUAUUUUAACAACACAAGGAUAAGGCGGCAUCUCUUAAGAUCGGGGCUGAUCACGAGAAGUGGGAGAGUGCUUUCUGAAAAAGAAUACAGACUCAAUAUCAUGAAGAGGGAUCACCAGAAAUACAUCCGGGAGUGCCUAGCUCAGGCUAUCUUCCAUAAGGUUCUGGACAUGGAGCGUCACCACCAGCUUGAGAUCAAAAAGAAAUUGGAGAUCCUAGCUAGGAAGGAGCGAAUUCAGAGAUUUAAGGGGGAGCCUGCAAGAUGGGCUAUAGAAGAUACCAUGCCGGUCCUGUCUCCCCACCCCCCGGCGGGCCCAAAGACUAACCGUGGCCACAGUGUUGUGGUUGACGAAGGACAUUCCAGUCCAGUAACACUGACAGCCCCUCGACCAUACACUGCCCCAGGAAAUAUGCAGCUUCCAAUUCGAUUAAAGCCUCUUCCCAGUAAUCCUGCCCUAGGAACUGUUCCAAAGAUAACUCCGGGGACCAGAUCGAAAACCUCAUUGCUGGAAAAUGAAGCUCCAUUUCCCAUUGGGGGCAAGAAGGCAGCGAUGAAGUUCAAGAACUCCAUGGACAAUGCACAGGGAGUGAAUCGCUCUCAACUUCCAAACAUUAACAAUUACAUGAUGCCUAUUCCUCCUCCACCUCCUCCCCCCAGUGGAAAAAUCACAAGGGAAAAUAGACUUGAAUCAUGGAGAAGGAGAAGAUUUCGUCCAACCACUGCUCCAAAUGGCUUAGAUCCUCUCUUUACCAGGGAAUCAAGAAAGAUUCAUAAAACACCACCGCAUAGUAAUGCAGCUAUUACAAUGAUCUAUCUGGGGAAAAAUGUGCACCUGUCUCAUGAUCACCCCGACUUCCGGGAUGAAAUAAAAGUUUAUCAACAGCACUGUGGAGGGGAAAACCUUUGUGUCUACAAAGGCAAACUACUUGAAAAAGAGACCUUUCAGUUUAUUUCCAAAAGGCACCACGGUUUCCCCUUCAGUCUCACCUUUUUCCUGAAUGGGAUGCAAGUGAACAGGUUAAGCUCCUGCUGUGAAUAUAAGCACCGAAAAGGUUCCAGACUUGGAGGCAAACGAGGCUACUUUGGGUUUGUGUGCGUGGAGAGAUCAUCUCCUUGCUACAAGUGCAUUAUUGCCAUGGGUCUUGACAAAAAUACAACUUCACCGAAACCUAGGAAAGAAAUGAGUAUUGAGAAAAGAGAAGAACUGAAGAAGGGUGAGGGGAAACUGAGGAAGGAGAGAGGGUACAUGAUACCGAGAAGGCAUGAGGUGGAAGGGAACAAAACGGCUUCAGUCAUUUUUUCAGCUCAAGAAGAAAAACCAACGAUCAGAGACGUGAGAACAGCUGUGGAAGAAAUGGAACUUGAUGGAAAACCAGGACAAGAUGUUUGGGAAGAUGCCCAGGAAAAUAUAUUUAAAUACGAAUAUGAAGAAGAUUUUGAAGUAGAUGAGGAGAAACUAGAUGAGAAAGCUAAUGAAGAAGGACAGGCUGAUGAUCAAAUGAAUGGGAUCUCAAAGUCACCCUCAGACGAUGAAAAAGAUCAUUUAGACCCGGAAAAGGAGAGUGACACCUCAUUGCAGAAGGCAGCAGAUGCCGAUGACAAUGUGAAAGAUGAAGGUGACGGAUGCUCUGACAAUGACCUGGAGGAAGAUAAACAAGAUGUAAAAACUGUUUCAUCCUCCUCCUCCUCCAGAAGUCACCCAUGUUCUAGCUGCAGUGAAGAUGAAUCUGCACUUGGGGAUGGGGAAGCCCACUCUGAAAAUAGCCCAGACAAAAGUGCCAGAAGUUCCUCUUCUCAGGAGUUGAGUGAAAAUGAUGAGGCAGGAAAAUCCCACCUUCCAACGGAGGAUUACUUAGAAGUUGAAAUUGAAGAUCAAGAAAUAAUAACAGCAGAUGUAGCCACCAAGCCUUUGCCAAUAGAGGAACACUUGGAGAAUGUUCCUGAAGCAGAACCAGAGGAAGGGACCCCAGGGAUUGCAGAGGGCUUAUCUGAGAAGUCCAAGGAACAUGUUUCCAAGGAAGAAAAAGAAAAGGAUCAAAGUAAGCUUUGGGAAGGAAGCACUGCUGAGGUGAAGGACAAAAAGGCAGGUCCCCAUAGGGUGGAAAAAGAUGUUGGACAGAUUGCAGCUGGAGCUGUGGAACCUGGCUGCCGCUGCCACUAUGACACCGAGUCUGGUGUUAGCAGCACAGAAGAGGAGAAGCACUCGGGGAAGCCGGAGAUUGACGCAGGUGCAGCACCCGACAGGACUUUCGGGUUGGAGGCCGGGGCGCCGCUGCACUCAAGCACGGGGUCCGAGGCAGGCGCAUGGGACGCGUCCCCACUGGGGAAGGAAGCAGCGGCCGAGGAAGAGGCGCCGGCGCCGCGCAGGGAUGCUCAUCGGGAUGCUCACCGGGAUGCUCACCGGGAUGCUCACCGGGAUGCUGAUGGGACCGCGACGGAAGAGGAGGAGGAGGCAGCACUGCGGGGGGGAGCAGGGGUCGGGGAGGCCCCCCGGGGGGCGCAGAAGCCCCCGGCCGCUGCGGGGGGGACAGCGGGCAGAGGGAAGGGCCAGCCCUCGGGGCCCAGCACCUGCGGCCCGAGCACCAGGGGAUCCCAGACGCAGGAGGGGGAGGCUGAGGCCCGGGGGGCUGGGACCGCGGGCGCCGAGGAACCGGGGGCGGCGGGGCGCGCGGGAGCUGGGCGGCCAGCGGCUCCGGGGGCGAGCGGGGGACCGGCCAGCAGCACCUCCGCCCCGCAAGGCGCCCCCAGGGCAGCUGCCCGCGGGGGCCGGGGCCGCGACCUCCCGGGAGCGCAGGGGCUUGACGGGGAGGAGCAGGGCUCCGGGGAGGAAGCGAGGGCUGGGGAAGAGGCGCCAGGCUCCCCGAGGGACGCGGAGCGGGACGGCGAGGGCCGAGCCCCCGCGGGGCCCCCGGGAGGCGGCGCGGGGAGGCGGGGGCCGGGGGCCGCGAGCGCAGGGGCGCCUGCAGGGGCGCGGCCGCGGGACGGAGGGGAGACGCCCAGCGAAGCCGGGGGCGCGCGGCGCGGAGGCAGAGCAGAGCUGCUCCCGGGGGGGCCCGAGGCCGACCCGCGGCAGGACGCCGACCCGGAGCGCGCCCCGACCCGGAGCGGGCCAGGAGCUCGGGCGGGAGCGGGACAGGCCCCGGGGCCCGAAGGCCUGGCGGGCCCCUCGCACCCGCCGCAAGGAGCGGGGCUCAGCGCGGGGGCCCCACGGGGCGUCUCGGCGGGGGGCCCUACGGCGGGGGGCGGGCUGAGCGGAGGCGCUCAGUCCGGGGCCCCGGGCCAGGACGCAGGGCGCGCUGCGGACACCGUGCUGGGCGCGGGGGGCCCGGGGCGCGGCGGGAGCCCCCGGGGAGGACUCCAGGCCGGAGGGCGGGCGGCAGGCCUGGCCGCACCCGAGACGCAGGCGGUGGCGGAUUUGAGGCCCGCGGAGGGGCAGGCAGGGGCCAAGGAGGGCGCCUCCCCGCCGGGCGCGGCUGGACCCCGGGGGCGCAGCGGCCGGGGGCGACGAGGGCAGCCGGGGGCCGGCGGCGGGCGCGCCCGAAGGCCUGGACCGGGCGGCGGCCCGGGGGAGCGGGUCAGGACCGCGGAGAGCGGCAGCGCGGGGCCCGGGAGCGGCGAGGUCCGCGGGCUGCAGGGAGGACGCGAGGCAGCCGGGCGCGCGCCCCUGACGCCGGGCGGGGCUCAGAGCCCCAGGAUCUGGGCAGCUGGGUCCCGGCGGAUGUGUGGCCCGGUGGGCCCCUGGCCAGCCAUCGCACGUGAGGCGUGCUCCCCCACCCCAGAGGGCCUGGGCCCGGGGCGAUCUCUGGUCCGGGUAUCUCCGAAGACUCAGUGUGAGCUGGCUGUGCAGCGGAGCCACCCAAGCCAAGGGAUCGCCUGA